AAGCCCAGAAAUGAAACAGCUGUUAGCUCUAGCUCUUACUUGAGGAGGUUGGCUCUAUUUGCAGAAAGCGGAGUUUCUUUCCAUAUCUCCCAAACCGUGUGGGAAUUGGGCCACGUGGCCAAAUGAUAAGGCCACGGGCACUUUUUAAACACAGCAAGUCAGUUCCAGGUCCCUUUCUUGUUCUUUUCUGGUGCCUGCAACCUGCCAGAAAGAGAGAAUGAGAACUCUGGGGCUUCUCCUUCUUGCAUUCAUCUCUUGGUCUUUGGGAACAGCCGAAGGUAGCCUCAGCCCAGCAGAGAAGAAAUCCAAGAAAGGCAAGCCGAUCAAGGAGGAGGACAAUGUCCUGGUCUUAAAAAAGAGCAAUUUUGAUCAGGCCCUGAAUGAAACAAAGUACCUGCUGGUUGAAUUCUACAUUGCUUUAUCUGGGGCGUCUCAGAGCCUGGCUGCUGAAUUUGCUAAAGCCGCGGAGCAAUUCAAGAACGAUGCUGUGGAUAUCCAAUUCGGCAAAGUAGACGUUGCGGAUCAGAAAGAUUUGAAAAAGGAAUUCGACAUCCAAGAAUAUCCCACACUGAAGUUUUUUAUAGAUGGCAACAGGAAAAAUCCCAUUGAUUGCAAAGGAGUCAGAGAAGCCUCUGCCUUUGUGACAUGGGUUCAAAGGAGAAUCGGAUCAAGCACCGUACUUCUCAAUAGCACAGACCAGGCCAAAGCUUUCAUAGACCUUGAAGGUUUGGCAGUGAUAGGCUUUUUCGAGAAACUUCAGGAUGGAGCUGUGGAAGUUUUCUAUGAUUCUGCAAGAGAGGUCCCAGAACUCCCUUUUGGGGUAACAGCCAGUAAAGACAUUUUCGCUAAGUUUGGUGUCAGAGAAGACAUGGUGGUUGUAUUUCAAAAGGGGAAACCAAUUCAUAACGAAGCAUCUGAAGAAGGCAAACUGAAUAAAGUGGAGCUCACUAGAUUAAUCAAAACUUUUACUAUGGAUUUAGUAACAGAAUAUAAUCUUGAGACAUCUGUGAAGAUAUUUGAUGUACCUGUUGAAAGCCACCUUGUUCUAUUCAUGCCCAAGAAUUCAGACACAUUCAAGGAGGUUUAUGAAAAUUUGUCAUCUGUUGCCCCGGAGUUCAGAGGGAAGAUCAUGUUCAUCUUAGUGGAUACUGAUGAAACCAGAAAUGGCCGUGUGAUUGAAUAUUUCCGUGUCACUGUAGUGGAAGUCCCUGCCGUUCAAAUCCUAAACUUGACGAGCGAUGCCAGGUACAAGAUGCCUGCAGAAGAAGUGACAACAGAUCACCUCCGAACCUUCUGCCGGAACUACUUGGAAGGAAAAGCAAAGCAACACUGGUCCAGUGAGGAGAUCGAGGAAGGCUGGGAUAAGAAGCCUGUUAAAGUGCUUGUUGGGAAAAACUUUGACAAAGUUGCCUUUAAUACGAAGAACCAUGUUUUUGUCAUGUUCCAUGCACCUUGGUCUCACAACUGUCAAAAAUUGUUCCCAGUUUGGGAAGAACUCGGCAAGUUGUAUGAAAGCCGCAAAAAGGUUGUCAUUGCUAAAAUAGACUACACAGCAAAUGAGGUCCGGUUAAUGAAUGUAGAAAAGUACCCCUUCUUCAGAUUGUUUCCUGCAGGAUCCACCACGGAGGUUGUCCCAUAUAAAGGGGAAUUCACUCUUGAUGCUUUUGCCAAAUUCUUAGAAGAACAGAUUGAAGCAAGAAAGAAGAAUUCCACAAAGGCUAAACAAGAAGACCCAGAGAAAGAGGAGAAAAUCACCACACCGAAAGAAGAACUGUAGGUUUCUUUCCAAGCAGGAAGAGUGUUGGUUUCUCAAGGGUGUUAAGCAGUAUAAAAGCAUUUUAAUGGGAAAUUUAGGAAGGCAUUGACAACAAUAAAGAAAGGUCAAACAAA